AUGUUCUCGCUCAAGACGAUCACCUUCGCCGCCGCGGUUGCCUUCUCCGCGUUCACCUCCGCCGCGCCGGUGGCCCCCAUGGGCGGCGCCGCUGCGUCCUCUGCCGCGGCGGUCACGAACACCGCGGUCGCGAUUGCGAGCGCCGCCUCCGGCACGGCCGUCGCCAUCGCCAGCGGCGCGACGAGCACGGCGUCCCAGGUCGCCCAGGGCGCGAAGGGCACGGCGGUCGCGGCGGCGGCUGGGGCCACCAGUUCGGCUGCUGCGGUCGCUGGCUCUGCCACCCAGGCGGCUGCCGCUGUGCAGAAGUCCGCCACCUCGGCGGUCGGCCGCGCGCUCCUCGAGGCCGAGGCGGACGCGGAUGUGGAUGUUGAGCUCCUCGAUACCCGUCACGACCAGACUCUCCUCGGGCUCGUCGAUCAGGCGAUCGUCGACCUGACGGAGACCUGCCAGGCGCUCCUCUAUCUCCAGCCCGCCAACGCCACUGAGCAGGCCGUCUCUGACCUCCUCGGCGACGUCAAGUCCAUCCUUGGUGACCUCCUCAACGACGUCAAGGGCCUCACCGGCCUCGACGUCUCCGGUGUCCUCGGCGAUGUCACCGAUGUCAACUCGGUCGGCAAGAUCGUCGCUGACCUCCUCAAGCUCGUCUUCACCGCCCUCGGCGGCGUCCUCAACGUCCUCGGCAGCGCGCCCGCCGAUGUCAUCUCGCACCUCCUCCAGGACAUCUGCGUCAUCAUCGCCGAGCUGCUCAAGACCAUCUUCGGCCUCGUCGACGGUGUUCUCGGUCUCGUUGGCGGUCUCCUCGGCGUCGUUGUCGGCCUCCUCGGCGACAUCCUCCCGAUCGUCCUCCAGCUCAACGUGAGCGUCCUGAUCCAGGUCCUCGCGCUCUAA